GCUUCUCGAAACCGCAUUGAAUCUGCUGUUCCCAAACCAUUCGUCGCCGCCGUGGGCUUCUCUCUCUGUGGCGGAUAAUUCGGCCGCCUCUUCCGUCGUCGACUCGAAGACCGGAUUGUCAUUUCCGUCUGUCAUCGGCGAUUCCCAGCAGCUUCUCGGAAUUGGGUUGCGGAGAAAGGCCAUUUUGGGACUCAAGAACAUCAAUGUCUAUGCAUUUGGUGUCUACGCCGACAAUGACGACGUAAACGAAUCACUGGGUGAGAAGUAUGGAAAUCUCCCUGCAUCUGAACUUCAAGAAAAGGACUUUGACAAAGAUGUCAUGGAAGGCGAUAUCUGCAUGACUGUUAGACUUCAGAUAGUCUACGGCAAGCUGAGCAUCCGAUCUGUUCGUAGCGCUUUCGAAGAGUCGGUAGGAAACCGACUCCAAAAGUUCGGGGGUCCAGACAACAAAGAAUUGCUACACAAAUUCACUUCCCAAUUCAAAGAUGAGUAUAAAAUACCUCGAGGAUCCGUGAUCGAUCUCUCAAAAGAACGAGGCCACGUCCUCCGCACAAUCAUUGACGGGAAGGAAGUGGGAAGCAUCCAAAGCCAACUACUGUGUAGAGCCAUUCUAGAUCUCUAUAUUGGUGAAGAUCCAUUUGAUAGACAAGCCAAAGAAGACAUUAGACAAGCUUUAACUUCCAUUCUUCACAAGUAGAAAAUAGCCAAAGGGAGAGAAGAAGGAGAUUGGUUUUUCCUUUUUGUUUUGAAAUUAAUGAUGUUUAAACUGGAAUACAAUUUUAUCCUUUUUAUUGUUGAAUAUUCUUCUUUUUGGUUAAUUUUACAUUUUGGUCCAAAAUACUCCGAACCAUUUUCAAUUUAGUCCAAUGCCAAGGUCACUUCAUGGGUAAA